AUGGAGAGAGUGACUAAAACUAUAAGGGCAGCGUGUCCUCGAAGCGACUACCGGAGCACUUUGGCCGGAACAGAUGUCUUAGAGGUGGUUUACGAUGUGUAUGUGCCGCGUGGUGGUCCGUUGGGUGAGCCAUAUGGUGCCAGUGAAGCGAUGGGCUUGCCGGUGGUGAAUAUUGUGUUUCUUCAUGGGACAGGCAUGACAAGAAGUAUAUGGGAAUGGUACGUAGAGUAUUUGGAAGCGGAAACGAGGCGAGGCAGGUGGCCGUUUCGGCUUGGGAAGUUAAUUACGGUGGACCAGGUGAACCAUGGGGACUCUGGAGUGGUUAAUAGGGGCAAAUUGGGGACCACUUUCCAUUGGGUCGAUGGGGCCAGAGAUGUGGUGAAGAUUUGCGAGUUGGAGUUGUUCGGUGAAGGGCAGCAGCAGCAGCAGCAGCAGCAAGCUUAUAACAGCUACAACGUGCUGGUUGGCCACUCGAUGGGGGGCCAUCAGGCACUAGCUUGUGGCGUGCUUUCGCCCAAUAUGUUCCAGUUGAUCAUUGGGAUGGAGCCUGUGGUGAAGAUGGUCCACAAGUCCGGGAAAGGUAGGCCCAUCGAGUCAGAUAUACGUCUGGGCCCCGAGUCCAUUGGGUCCACGAUGAGUCUGAACUACUUCAAGGCAAUUAGCCGUAAGGUGGAGGACACGUUUGACGACAAGGAAGGCUAUAUAGAGUUCAUGCGCAAGCGCAGUUUCUGGACGAAUGCUGAUGAGCGCAUUCUCGAGCGGUUUUGCGAAGCAGAGUACUAUUUGGAGGAGGUAAAGCAGACCGAUGGGAUCCCUGCUAGUGUCCGUGUCAAGACGAAAACGGCAAAGGAUCAGCACCUCAUAUCCUACCUGUGUCUCUAUCCCUACACAGUAUGGCUAAUGAACAACUUGCAAUGGAUCAAGACUCCCGUAGUUUGCCUUGUCGGUGCGAAAUCGCGAUGGUGUCCACCAGAGAACUACCAGCUCUUCCAGGAACGCAUCCGCAACUACCAGAGGAUCACCAUUCCCGACGUUGACCACUUGAUGAACAUCGAGAAUCCAGACACCAUUGCUCCCCUAUUGCUCAGUCAUAUUCGCAACGGAGUCUCCAACGCAAACCGGGACCAAUUGCACACCAACAAGGACGACUUCGGUCCGCUCUACACAAAGUUCAAGGCUGAAUCCAUCGGUAGGAGUUCCCAGGCCCAUGCCAAGCUCAGCAAGUUGUAA